CCCCCCACUCCCAUGCAACAACAACAACACAAGCCCACCACAGCAACCAUGUCGACUAAGGAGGAGGAGAUAAUGGCGAGCGAGAAGGCGAAGAAGGCGCCUUAUGCCGACCCGCCGCCCGCAGAGCUGCUGGUCGAACAUGGCGAGCUCCGGCGGUGGUCGCUGUACCGUGCGGCGAUCGCGGAGUUCGUCGCCACCCUCCUCUUCGUCUAUGUCGCCAUCGCCACCGUCAUCGGCUACAAGUCGCAGUCGCAGUCGAGCCCCUGCACGGGCGUCGGCUUCCUCGGCGUCGCCUGGGCCUUCGGCGGCAUGAUCUUCGUCCUCGUCUACUCCAUCGCCGGCGUCUCCGGUGGGCAUAUAAACCCGGCGGUGACAUUCGGGCUGCUGGUGGCGCGAAAGCUGUCGCUGGUGCGGGCAGCGCUGUACAUAGCGGCGCAGUGCCUGGGAGCCAUCUGCGGCGCCGGAAUUGCGAAGGGGAUCAUGAAGCAUCCCUACAACUCACUCGGCGGCGGCGCCAACGAGGUCGCCCCCGGAUACUCCACGGGCGCCGCCCUCGGCGCAGAGAUCGUCGGCACCUUCGUCCUCGUCUACACCGUCUUCGCCGCCACCGACCCCAAGCGCACCGCCCGCGACUCCUUCGUCCCCGUUUUGGUGCCGCUGCCGAUCGGGUUCGCGGUGUUUGUGGUGCACCUCGCGACCAUUCCGAUCACCGGAACAGGGAUCAAUCCGGCGAGGAGCCUCGGGCCGGCGGUCAUCUACAACCAGCACAAGGCUUGGCAUGAUCAUUGGAUCUUUUGGGUGGGGCCACUGUUGGGGGCCGCAUUGGCAGCGAUUUACCACAAAUACAUUCUCAGAGGAGUAGCUCUGAAGGCUCUAGGCUCCUUCACAAGCCUCCCCACCACCUCCUAAUCAAUUCUCAAUUACUCUCUCUCUCUCUCUCUCUCUCUCUCUCUCUCUCAUUAUUAUCAUUAUUAUUAUUAUUAUUAUUAUUAUUAUCAUUUACUUGUGAGUACAUGUUGCGUGGUGUGGUGUGUGGAGUUGUAGUCCACUGGUGUGUGAAUUUUUAACUGUUUCUUUACUUGCAUGUGGAAGAGACAAUAAGGUUGUGAUUUAGUUAUUUGAUUUGUGUGGCAUGGGGAGAUUGUAUGGGAAAAAGUUGUUGUAAUAUGCAUGGUGAUUUUAACUGUGCUAUUUUCAUUUUUCUAUCCCUUAAUUGGGCAGAACUUGAGACUUGUUUGGAUGUCGGAAUAAAAUACUCAAUAAUAAUUUAUUCAUUACAA